UGUCAUUCUCUCUCUCUCCCUCUCUUUCUAUCUCUCACUAUAUAAUGCGAACAUGGAUUAUUGGAUUAUGAACUUCUGGAAACUGGAGAUUUUUUCUCCGUCGCUCCUCGCUAGAGCAACCAGGAAUAUCGGUUAGUCAACUAUCUGUUGAACCCACAGAAAGGUACGGACGGUUUUGAAGGAUUUGCUCGACGCAGGUGGUGAGUUAUAAACUUAUAAUAGGUGGUGGUGGUGGUGGUAAAAUCCUUCGGGAGAUCAAAAUUUUUGGGUUCGAAAUUAGGUUGGGCUACAGGCUGAGCGUAUGCCUGGAAACAAGUGCAACCGUAAUGCUUCUGUCCCCACAACUCGAUUGGAGAGGCUCCUAAGAGAAAGAGAGCUAAGGGAGCUAAGGAAAUCCAACAGGACAUUUCAUCCAAAUGAGGAAGGUAGUGAUGGUAACAGGGAGACCGAACCAUAUGAGCAUGGAUUGAACUCAAGAGAGGGUAACAACUGCAAAGUUCCCUAUGAUCAAGAGUCUUUUGAUGCAGCUUCAGCAGUGAGAUCAUAUAGCGAGGGAUAUGAACGACAAGAGAAAAGGCCUUCCAAACAACGACUGUUGGUAGUGGCAAACAGGUUGCCUGUCUCUGCAGUUAGGAGGGGUGAGGAUUCAUGGUCUCUGGAGAUAAGUGCAGGGGGUCUGGUCAGUGCUCUGCUUGGAGUGAAGGAGUUUGAGGCAAGAUGGAUUGGGUGGGCUGGUGUAAAUGUACCUGAUGAGGUUGGGCAGAGAGCUCUUACUAAAGCCCUUGCUGAAAAGAGAUGCAUCCCAGUUUUCCUUGAUGAGGAGAUAGUUCAUCAAUAUUAUAAUGGCUACUGCAAUAACAUCUUGUGGCCUCUUUUUCAUUACCUUGGACUUCCACAAGAAGAUCGUCUUGCAACCACCCGGAGUUUUCAGUCCCAGUUUGAUGCAUACAAGAGGGCAAAUCAGAUGUUUGCUGAUGUGGUAAACAAACAUUAUGAAGAGGGAGAUGUUGUUUGGUGCCAUGACUACCAUCUUAUGUUUCUCCCAAAAUGCUUAAAGGAAUAUAAUAGAAACAUGAAAGUUGGCUGGUUCCUCCACACACCCUUCCCUUCAUCAGAAAUUCAUAGGACAUUGCCAUCCCGAUCAGAUCUUCUGAGAGCUGUUCUUGCUGCAGACUUAGUUGGUUUUCAUACAUAUGAUUAUGCAAGGCACUUUGUUAGUGCUUGUACUCGUAUUCUUGGACUUGAGGGUACACCUGAAGGAGUAGAGGAUCAAGGAAAGCUGACUCGUGUAGCAGCGUUUCCUAUUGGGAUAGAUUCGGAUCGGUUCAUUCGAGCGCUUGAGCUUCCUCAAGUUCAGGAGCAUAUUAAAGAACUGAAGGAGAGAUUUGCUGGCAGGAAGGUAAUGUUAGGUGUUGAUCGUCUUGACAUGAUUAAAGGAAUUCCCCAGAAGAUACUAGCAUUUGAAAAAUUCCUUGAGGAAAACCCAGAUUGGCGUGAUAAAGUAGUCUUGUUGCAAAUUGCUGUUCCAACAAGAACAGAUGUCCCUGAAUAUCAAAAGCUUACCAGCCAGGUCCAUGAAAUUGUUGGGCGCAUUAAUGGAAGAUUUGGAACUUUGACUGCUGUUCCCAUACAUCACCUGGAUCGUUCCCUCGACUUUCACAAAUUAUGUGCGCUAUAUGCAGUGACUGAUGUUGCCCUUGUGACAUCAUUGAGAGAUGGAAUGAACCUCGUCAGCUAUGAAUAUGUGGCAUGCCAAGAUUCAAAAAAAGGGGUUCUCAUUUUGAGUGAAUUUGCAGGUGCUGCACAGUCACUUGGUGCUGGAGCUAUCCUAGUAAAUCCAUGGAACAUCACUGAGGUUGCUUCUGCAAUUGGCCAUGCUUUGAACAUGCCAGCUGAUGAAAGAGAAAAGCGUCACCACCAUAAUUUUUUGCAUGUGACAACCCACACUGCUCAAGAUUGGGCUGAAACAUUUGUAAGUGAAUUGAAUGAUACCAUCGUUGAAGCUCAAUUGAGGACAAGACAAAUUCCACCACUACUUCCAGUUAGGGAUGCAGUUGAACGUUAUUUGCAAUCUCGGAAUCGAUUGCUCAUACUGGGAUUCAAUGCUACAUUAACUGAGCCAGUGGAUACUCCUGGUAGAAGAGGAGGUGAUCAAAUUAAGGAGAUGGAGCUUAAGUUGCACCCAGAUUUAAAGGAGCCCUUGGCAAUACUUUGCAAUGAUCCAAGGACAACAAUUGUCGUCCUCAGUGGAAGUAACAGACGUGUGUUGGAUGAUAACUUUGGGGAGUACAACCUGUGGCUAGCUGCCGAAAAUGGGAUGUUUCUGCGCCGUGCAAAGGGAGACUGGAUGACUACGAUGCCUGAACAUCUCAAUAUGGAUUGGGUUGAUAGUGUAAAGCAUGUUUUUGAGUACUUCACAGAAAGAACACCUCGCUCUCAUUUUGAACUUCGUGAGACCUCACUUGUGUGGAAUUACAAGUAUGCAGAUGUUGAAUUUGGGAGGCUCCAAGCAAGGGAUCUGCUGCAGCACCUAUGGACUGGCCCAAUUUCUAAUUCAGCUGUUGAUGUUGUCCAAGGUAGCCGAUCAGUUGAGGUUCGAUCAGUUGGUGUUACGAAGGGUGCUGCAAUCGAUCGCAUCCUAGGAGAGAUAAUCCACAGCAAAUGCAUGGUGACACCUAUUGACUAUGUUCUAUGCGUUGGUCACUUUCUGGGCAAGGAUGAAGAUAUCUAUACUUUUUUCGAGCCAGAGCUUCCUGCAGAACCAUCAGGUAAUACAAGAGCCAAGGUAGCUGAUGCAGUAAAGACACCUAUUGAAAAACGUCCUACACCAAAACUCUUAGCAAGCAAAAAUGCAUCCAAGUCAUGUCAUGGUAGGACACAGCGGGCAUCAGUGACCCCUGAGAAGAAAACAACCAAUCAUGUCAGUGGGUCAGUGUUGCAGCAUCCACAGGACAGUAUCCCACGGCAUGAGGGUUCUGUGCUUGAUCUCAAGGGAGAGAAUUACUUUUCCUGUGCUGUUGGGAGAAAGCGCUCCAAUGCACGGUAUCUCCUCAGUUCAUCAGAUGGCAUUGUCACAUUUUUAAAGGAGUUGGCAGCGGCUUCUUCCCGGAGUUAAAAUCUUUAUGAAUUGCUUCUUGUGAUGGGUUCUCCAGAUUCAACCUGGCAAUGAAUCCUCAAGAUUUGGUGGGGGUGAUAGCAAAAUGGUUAUUCAAUUCUUUUCUGAGGCAAAUAUUGAGUUCUCCCAUUCUUCUCUACCUUUUUCACCAUUCUAAAUGAUUUGAUAGUCUAGGAUUCUUGCUGUGGGUGAACUCACUAAGUGCUUCAAUGUUAACAGGAUUAAAUUAAUCUGAAUCACAAUCUUUUGUUCUGAAUACUAAUGGAAAGAAAGAAAAAUAAAUGAUUCUUGUCCUAAAACAGAAAUUACAAAUGGGAGUAAAAUCCUUCUUUUGGCCCA